AUGUGCUUUGUCUUCCACCUCUCUCUCCCUCCCUCUUUCUCUGUCACUCUCCGCUCUCUCCAGACCUAUGAGUUAAACCCAGAUGACAUAGAUUUAGAGAACGAGCCUUGGUAUAAGUUCUUUUCCGAGCUGGAGUUCGGCCGUCCGGUAAGUGAGGGUCCGUAACUCCCACCUCGGCAUCCCCCGCCUUAGGUAUACCCUUCUCCCCCCACUCCCCUUUACCCGUUCAGUGUUCACCCCACUGUAGCUGGGUGGGAAUAAUGUAGCCCAGGAGUCGUCCAACUCUCGGACUGGAGAGCUAGUGGGUGUGCAGGCUUUUGUUCCAGCCCAGCAGUAACACACCUGAUUCAACGAAAGGAUGUUGUUUGUUUUUGCAACCCAGCACUAACGCAUUAAUGAGUCAUCGGUCUUCAGUCUGGACGGAGAUUGGUCGAAUCAGGUGUUUUUAGUGCUGGAUUGGAACAAAAGCAUGCACACCCAGUAGCAGAACCGGAGUCUGGGGACCUUCCUGUUGUAGUUGCUUUGGCAUGCUGUUGGGUGUUGGGUGCUGUGGUGGACGCCUGUUGUGUGUAGCGCCUUGUGACUGGUCUUCUUGUGUCUCUGCGGCUUGGAGAGUUGGUUUUGCGUAGUAUGGCUGUCUCAUUAUCAGCUGGCCUUGUGACGCGUUGAAAGCUGGAAACACUGCAAAACGAUGUCCCAAGUUAACAUGGAUUGGUCCUUUUCAUCACAAAAAUCCUCCUACAAAGGGAAACCUCUUUUCCUACAUUGUAAAAUUUCCAAUUUUUCACGAACAAAAUGCAGGUUCUUUUGCAGUGUGCUUACCGCUAUUAAUAAUCUAGUGGAGCAGCCAGUAGAACUGAGCAGAACAGAGAUCAAUCGAAAUAACACGCUAAUUAAAAUCGACAAAUGAAUCCGCUGCAUCUGGUCAGAGCACCGUUCUGCACAGUUCUGCACCGUUCUGCACCGUUCUUCAUGCUCCUCUUGUAUGUUGUAGCUUGUGUGGUUUGUUUCUGUUUGCUAGUUUAGACAUUUUGGUUUCUACCCCUUCUCCCCAAAGUGUCAACUCUUUCACUCCUCCUAAACUUUAGGCGACCUAAGAGAUUUUAGGUACUGGAUUGAGUUCCUGUUUUCCACCAUAUUCCUUGCACUAGUCCCAUUCCUUUGAAAUCCAUGAGAGGAAGUGUACAAGUGCACACUUUGGGGAAAAGGGCGAGGAACACUCUGUUUGUUCUAAGUUGGUCUGUUGUUAGGUCGAGGAAAUGGACUUCUUCUGAAUGUUCAGCUAGAAAGGCAGUCUAGAAAACGACUCUGAUGUCAUGCAGAAUAAGGAAUGAUCAGAUUUAUAUAUCACAUUUCUAGCUGUAAUAUUCUUCAUGUUGCACCCUGACCCCAUGACUGAAUAAACCCAAGACAACGUACUCUGAGAAAGAUAGAAAAGGUUCCUUAAUGCGCAUGGUUUGAGGUUAAUUUUGAGAGGGAUGGUUCCACCAAUAUCAUGUUUUAGCUAGUCCGUCUUCACAACUGAAUCACUGCACUGUAGUGCAUAGAUGCCCCUUCACUCUGCCUUCUGCCUCUCGCUCUCACAAUCUGCAUGUCUCUCUGUGUGAGUGUGUGUGUGUGGUUGCUUGCUUGUGUGUUGCUUUGUGGGUAUGGGUGUGUAGAUGUGCCUAGCAGUAGUGAGUGUGUGUUAGAGCUAAUAUAAUGUACUAGGUGUGUUCAAAAUGGCUUAAUCAUAACUACAAUGUGUGUUUGUGUGCAUAAUAUGCAUUUGUGCGUGUGUGUUUGAGUGUGUGUGCAGCGCGUCUGAAACCCGUCAGUCUUCAGUUCCUCUGUGCUCUAACGGAUGUCACUUUCCUCUCUCCACCUUGUUUUUUUCUCCCCAUGACGUCACUGCCUCUCCUCCUCCUCCUCCACCACUCCAUCUUCACCUCCUCCUCCUCCUCCUCCUCUUCCUCCUCACCGCUGCUUGGGGCUCAAGCCUCCUAAAAAACGGCUGGAUUAUAAUCCAGACAUCUGCCCUCGCCGACUCACCGAGGUAAACAUUGUCAUUCAUGACAUUCAUGAGCAUUGUGGGAAUGGGAGGUUUGGGUGGGAGUUGAAUAGCCUGGUUCCAGAUAAUUGUGUGCUGUUUUGCCAACUCCUUGUCACUCAUUGUCACGCCAAACAUGUUAGGCAUGACUAGGGUUGCAAAAUCCCGGUAACUUUCCCAAAAUUCCACGGUUUUCCAGAAAUCCUGGUUGGAAGAUUCCUGGAAUUACGAGGGAAUAAGCAGGACAUUUGGGGGAAAGGGACCGGAAUUUUGCAACCCUAGGCAUGGCAAUUCCAUAAGGAGUUGGCAAGAGCGUACCAACAGACUGUCACUUAGGCUAAGAGUUCGUAACGCAAACCUUGCUAAACAAUUAUAGUCUUAGAUUGCUUUAUUACUGAUUUGGAUGAAAACUUCCAUACUUACUGUGACUAUACAUGUUAUUAGGCUACUGUAUGUCGACACAGGCACAUCAUAUAAACGCUAUGUAGCAACGUGUACCUACACUGUAAUUACACUAUACCUAUGGAACUAUGUAACUAGAUGGCUGAUGGGGCCAGUUGUUGCACAGUAUCACCAUGUAUAGUACACCGUAGCAGGACAUUUUCAUAUGGCCUCAUCUCUCAGCAUCCAUAUCAUGUCAUUUAUCAAGUCAUAGUCAUCUCUUUAUUGCAUCUUCAACUGCCUGUAUUUACAAUGGCCUUUCUGCUAGUGACUCAACUCAGUGUCUUAUUACUAGAUAUAAACCGGGUGGUUCGAGCCCUGAAUGCUGAUUGGCUGUUCGAAUUACUGUUCGAAUUACAUUUGUAACCAGUUUAUAAUAGCAAUAAGGCACCUCGGGGGUUUGUGGUAUAUGGCCAAUAUACCACGGCUAAGGGCUCUAUCCAGGCACUCCGCGUUGUGUCGUGUUUAAGAACAGCCCUUAGCCGUGGUAUAUUGGCCAUAUAGCACACCACCUCGGGCCUUAUUGCCCAAUUGGCAUAAACAGUACUGCUCUUAUGUAUUUCCAAUAUGGAUGACAGUUACUCAAGAAAAUCUUGUUUAUCAAUUAUGUCUAUCAAUUUAUCUCUCUCUCGCUAUCUCUCUUGCUAUCUCUCUAUCUAAUUGAUCUAUUGACAGCUUAUUAUUGAUGUGAAUCUCAAGACUGUAUAAAUUGUAAAGGUUGCUAUCAACCCAUGUAUAUCAUGUCAGAUGUAAAGCUCAUACCUGAAUAGGGAAGCUUUGGGAUUUAAUAUGUAUCUGCUGAUCUAGGAUCAGUUUUCUUGUUGGAAUCAAAACGGAUAAGAUGAUAUGGACAAGGAGGACCUGAUCCUAGAUCAGCACAGGGCUCAGGUCUGUAGCAUAGGGUAGAAGCUGCUGUGCUUUAUGCUUUGUUGCCACAAGGAGCCAAUCCAAUGAUCCAAAGAGUCCAUUUCGGGUCUUUCAGGGGCGCGUCUUAAUCUCAAAGCCUAAAAGCGUGAAAGAGCGCCUCCCUCGCACUCCCCUUUAGUGCUUCCCUCAUGCCCUUUCUCCCUCCUGAAAGAACCCCUCAAACAGACCAAGGUCAGAGUUCAACAGAAUCAGCGGUCACAGCUCUCAGCGCACCCGGUAGGCCCCUCCGAGCUUCCAUACACACGCCAUGUGGAACCUACCUCCGUCACGGCGUCAGCCGGGGGAGCGUUUUGAGCGUGGCGCCACGGCGGUAGCGGCGGCGUGCGAGCUGAGCAUUGUGUGUACCACCGCCUCCUCCACCAGUCUUUGUUCGUGCGGCGCUCACUCUUCCUCUCCCUCCCUUUUGUUGUCUGCCCUCUUUCAGACGUCGCUGUACUUCGCUCCGACUGCUGACCGGGUUCCAGAGAGGCCGGCGAGGUGAGUCUUCAAUUCACUCUCUCUCUCUCUCUCUCUCGCUUUCUUUUAUUCUCUGCCUCACUCUAUCCCCCUCCUCCCUCUCGCUCUCUUUCUUUCACACCAGCAGUAGGCCAUGUAGUGUUGCGGCGCAGCGUCCCAAACUCUCUCUCUCUCUCUCUCUACCUCUCUCUCUCUACCUCUCUCUCUCUCUCACAAGGAGACUGUGUUUUGUAGCUCUGCUCUUUGAACAUACGUCGGUGUGUUUGUGUCAAUGUGUGUGUGGCGGGUGACUCCACACACACACCCCCUCCCCAACCCUGCAUACAUUAUCCGCUCAGCCUAUUGAUUCUGUCCUUCAACCCUGUCCCCCUCCUCUCCUCCCUCCCUCCUCCUCCCGUUCCCUUUCACCGAUCCUAGGCUUAAUCAGUUCUGUUUGCUCUAAGUGAAUGGGAUGGUUGAAAAGAGGAUGUUAUGAAUAAACCCAUAUCAUUCAUGGAAGACUUUGACUGGGGUUGCAUUCAGUAUAGUUGAAUGUCUAGUAGCCUGGUUAAACCACACUAGAAGUCUUGAUGUUGAUCUUAAUCUUAAGGCUUUUUUUUUCAAGGAGCCCUUUUUUUAUUUUUUGACAGUGCAGUUAAUAACUUGAUUGGGAGAGGGUUACAAUGAGGAAAGGCACAGACUGUCGGCCGAGCCUGGGCUCGAAUCGCUCGUCGCCAGGGGGCAUGUGUAGUCCGGAGUCGGGACUCUGGCGCAGGUCUAGGGCAUUUUAAGGAACAAUAGCAGUCAUGCUACAUCAUCCUAAUGUGAAUUCCAUUUAAUUGAUGGUGAUGAUAACGUAUUUAUGAAUUAGUAAUGUUCAACAAAUUAGCUUUGUUCUUUAAAGGUCUAUUUUACUGGUUUCUUUUGUUCCUUAAUAGUGUCUCUUUGUUGAAAAAGGCAAUGAAUGCUUUUUAUACCAAAGGUAACUAUAACCCAGGAUAUUAUACGAACUGGGUCAAAGGAACAAUCUGUCAUAUUUCCUUGAAUUGAAAUAUUAAUUGAAGUGUGAGAGUAGUUGGCAUACAUUUCCCAACGAUGUAUCGUGUUCUUUUCCAAACAAAGUGGUGGGGCUGUCGUUGGGCUUAAACACAGUCCCUGUUCGAAUGAUUUGAAAACGUACUUCCUCCCUUGAAGUAAUGACUGAUUUAGAAAUAGAAAUGAGUGAACAGGUGACAGACUGUGGAAUGUGGCUUUAAAACGGUUUGUUAUAUCACGUUGUGUUCCAGUGCUGCCAGUGACUACAGGAAGAGGAGGAAGUCAGAGCCGUCGGGUGACCAGGGCAAGAACCAGGUCUCCCCAAAACCACUGGACCCCUACAGAGGCAGCAGCACACUGAGAAAACCAGCCACACGCUCCUCCCCCUCCUCCCCAUCCAGAGCCAAAGGUACUCACACAGAUAUACACACACAUACAUACAUACUGGUACAUACAUAAUGUAUAUACAUUCACAAACACUGGACCCCUACAGAGGCAGCACACUGAGGAAACCUGACAUCCACUCCUCCCCUUCGAGAGGCAAAGGUACACAACACACACACACAAUGCAAACAGAGACGUAUGUACACACACACUCACACAUACAUAGGCAUACACACACACACACACACACACACACACACACACACACACACACACACACACUGGAUCCCUAUAGAGCCUGCACCGGCCAUGAAUGAGAAACCCAUAAAGGAUACAGACGCGCACUCAUACACACACACUCAAUACAAUCAACCUCCCUGUCUUCCGAUGUACAAGCGAUCUCAAAUGCACACACCCAAAAACACACACACACACUCAAUCUUAACAACCUAUCCCUUGCAGAUGUACAAGCAUUCAUAAACACACGUACGUACGCACACACACACACACACACACACACAUUCUCUGUGCUCACUCACUCUAUGCCCGACAGCAAUUAUACAGUACACAAGCCCACUGAGUUACAAAUCUCCUCUUCUCACGCUAUGCUGAGGGCCUCUUCCAGGUCAAGGAGCAUCCAACCCAGUCUCUAUAGCCUUGUGUUGACACUGUAAACAAACAACAAUGUUCCACGAGCUAAUGGGAAUGUUCUAACUCCGUGUUUCUCAAACCGCUAGGAUUCCAGACUAGCGCUAACACGUCUCAAACAAAUCGAUAAAUCAACAUAUAACCAUGCCGUUGAUUAGUCGAAUCGGGUGUGUUAGUACUGGGCUGGAGCAAAAAUGUGCACCCCCAUCUGGAUCCCCCCCAGGAAUGGAUUGGGAAACAAUGUUCUUGUGUAACAAGGUCUGUUGUGUAGUGUCGUCUAAUUCCGUUCAUUAUGUUCACAGGUUUUCUCUCUCCUAGUGUGGGGACAACAGAAAAGAUUAGCGGUACCUGUUUUGUAAUCUAUUCGUUAUCUGCCUUUGUCAGUUCUACAUCUCUGUUUCUGUUGCAUGUACACUAAGUGUACAAAACAUUAAGAACCCCUUUCCUAAUAUUAAGUUGCACCCCCCUUUGUACUCAGAACAGCCUCAAUUUGUCGGGGCAUAGACUCUACAAGGGGUCGAAAGCAUUCCACAGGGAUGCUGGCCCAUGUUGACGCCAAUGCUUCCCACAGUUGUGUCAAAUUGGCUGGAUGUCCUUUGGGUGGUGGACCAUUCUUGAUACACACGGGAAACUGUUGAGCGUGAAAAACCCAGCAGCGUUGCAGUUCUUGACACAAACCGGUGUGCCUGGCACCUACUACCAUACCCCGUUCAAAGGCACUUAAAUGUUUUGUCUUGCCCAUUCACCCUCUGAAAUGCACACAUACACAAUCCAUGUCUCAAUUGUCUCAAGGCUUAAAAUCCUUCUUGAACCUGUCUCCUCCCCUUCAUCUACACUGACUGAAGUGGAUUUAACAAGUGACAUCAGUAAGGGAUCAUAGCUUUCACCUGGUCAGUCUAUGUCAUGGAAAGAGUAGGUGUUCUUAAUGUUUUGUACACUCAGUGUACAGUAUAUCGUGAAAAGGAUGUGAGAUGUGUAAAUGUAAAUCUCUCUCUCUCUGUCUCCACCAUUGUCCUCUGUGUUUGGCACAAUGGAACUGAUGUUCAAGUGCUCCGUUUUAGCCUCUCUCUCGUUCUCGCCCUCUCUCCACCUUUGCAUGAUGAAGGCGAUGUUCGAGUGCUCUGUUAUAGCCUCAAUUUCUCCCUCCCUAUUUCAUUACCUCUGUAUUCCUCUCUCUUUCUUCGUGGAUAAAAUCUUCUCCUCUAUUUCUCUCUACCACGCUGCUCUGGUUUAUGGGAUCGUCUGAAAGGUGGGGACGCGUGCGACAUGACCUGCUCCCCCGGUUUGAGCUCUUCCCCGGGCCCGUACCUCCGCUCCCCUCUCUCCCCCAUGCCCUCCAACCUCGCCCACCGUCGCUACGACGACGAUGCCAACCCGGGGGUCGCCUCCUCGCCCCUCAAACGCACCAUCUGCUUCAAGAACGGCUGGCAGACGCGGCGGCAGGACGCCGAGACAUGGAGCAGUGCCGAGGACGCGCCGUCCUCGCCCGCAAAGCUGAAGUCGCGUAGCUGCGACAACCUGCUCAAUGACGGGCACCCGGGUGGCACCGGCGGGCACAAGGCUACCCGUUCAGAGAGUGCCGGGUCACUGGUAUUCGACAACCCAUCUGGGCAAACCGCCUCAUCCUCUACCCGCUCCCUGCCUCGCCCGCACCGGCGACGGGCCCACGACGCGCCAGGCUUCCUGAAGCUCUACCGCAAGAUGCACCACAUUGACCGUGCCCAGCUGCUGCCAUCUGACGUCAUCCGCUCGGUCCGUGCCCGCAUCCUGGAGCUGGAGCACCAGCCGCACCUCUUCCCCCGAAAACUCUCCCCCUGGGGGCCAUCGUGGGGCCUGGAGGUCCCUCGCGAUACUGUGCCAACACGCAUCUCCACGUACGAGCAACUCAUCCAGAAGUCCAAGUCCAUGCCUGACUUGGGCGAUAGCGAGGUCCCGUCCGGUGCAACCACGCCCGGCGGGUCAUCGUCCCGCGCCAGUAGUGGCGGGGGAGGAGGCGGUGGGGGCAGGGAGACACCCGGGUACCCCAUACGCCGUUUCUCCAUCGAGUCUCUUCUAGAAGAGGACAUUAACAACGGGAAUGGGAACGGGACGUCCCAUCAUGCUUUGGACCACCAUCACACUCAACAUGGGGCGAGGAGCCCGCCCGAGGGUCAGCCCCGCCUCGCCCUGGACCCCCACCACCGUGAUUUCCCCGCCCCCCUCGUUUCUCGACGCGCCACUGUCCCGGGGGGCGAGUACUCUGACUCGGAACAGGAUGCGGCUGCCUCGGACCUCAGUGACUUUGUCCAAGUCGAAGGAUCCUCCUUCUGCAGCGAGAGCGAAUUCGACCACUGCUCGCUAACCUCGUCAGUGGAGAGCUUCUACGGCCCCUCCUCCCACCACCACCUUCGCCACCGCCACAGCCACAGCCACCACAACCCCAGUCAUCAGUCUCUCGGUCAGGGCCAGGGCUACCAGCACCGUCACCUCAUCAGCUCGUGUAAAGGACACUGCCCGGCCUCCAACACCCGCUUCACAACCAUGCUGCGACACGAGCGGGAGCGGGCCCGCCAGGAGCUCCGGCAGAAAUCCCCCCAGACACAGCAAACCAGACACGGGGGAAGGGGAGGGAGCGGAGGGGACUACCAUGCCCUACCCCCCUCGUCCCAAGCAGCCCAAACCCAGCAGGGGAUGUCCAAGCUGGCCUUCCUCGUCAGCCCCGUGCCUUUCCGAAGGAAAAAGGAUGAUUCUCCACCUACUUCGAGAAGGAGUAGUGGAGGUCGAAGUACCAGGCCCAAGUCUAAAGAAGCCAUCUAUGAAGCUUUGGAUGCUGCCUUGAGGGAUAUCUACGAGCACAUCCGAACGGAGCAAGGCCGGAGCGGCGCUAGGCUACCGGAUGAUAGCAUCCUCCGGAGGCUACUGGCUGAGAUCCUCCCGGAUGUGCCCGAGAGGAGCUCGUCGUUGCGGGGACAGAGGGGGAGCCGCAAGGGGGGUCCCUCCUCGAGCUCCUCGUACCCCGACGGGAGUCCAACGGGGUACGGCUCGUCGUCGCGGCUACAGUCUCCGCGGCUACAGUCGCCGCUAAGUGCCUGUUACGGUCGUCAUACCGACGCCUCCAAUAACAACGACUAUGGAGAGGAGCCGAGCAAUGGUAACGCAGGUGGAGCACACACACACACACCUACUAUACACAUACAGUACACAUACUUGUACUAUAUAUACACACACACACACACACACACACACACACACACACACACACACACACAAAAACACACCCCAGCCCUCAGUCCAUCAUCUCCCUCCUCGACUCUCCCCAGUACUGCCUGCCUGUGACCACCUCCCCUCCUACCAGUCACUUUGCUCCAGCAAUGGGCCAAUGAACAGAGCUGAGGUUAAAGAAGCCCUGUUCCUAUUGGCUCAUCCUCAAGACACCCAGGGACCGCAUGCUUCCUCUUCAUUCCCUUAUAUGGUUAAAUGACUGUGUUGUUGACUGUAUUUGGUUCCCUAUUAUUUUGAGCUGUAUCGGCCCAUCCAUGACUAGGUUUGGUUGUGUUGUUGUUGGUGUAUUUCUGUUUUUGCUGUAUUGUUUCACUCCCCUUUUGUUCUGUACCUCUUUCUUUCAUGUUGAACCACUUGUAUUUAUGAUUUUGUUAUGGAUGGUUUAUCAGUUGGAUUAAUAUAUUUUUGGAAUGUACAGUGAGCUCAAAGUAUUGGGACAGUAACACCGUUGUUGUUGUUUUGGCUCUGUACUCCAACACUUUGGAUUUUAAAUGAUACAAUGACUAUGAGGUUCAUCCUUAAGAGUCUAUUGACGCACCCAUGGAAGAUGGCGGAGCUAAAGCGGUGUUUGUCAGACCAUGAGACAUCCCGAUAUGGAAGGUUUAUCAAUUGGGUUCAUAUAUUUGGGGAUGUACAGUGAGUUCCAAAAGUAUUGAUAGUGAGUUGCUGGUAUAAAUGACUUGUCCUUCUGUUCUCUUCUGUUCAAAUUUUCUCUUCUCGUUUUGUGAUGCAUGCUUUUCCUUUUAAUCAUACUCUGCUACACUAUCCAAGCCAUGUGUUUUCCCCGAAAUGGAAAUAAAAUGCAUUUUAAUUAAUUAAUUAUUAUUUAAUUUUGUCAUUUCCUGCCCGACACUCAUUUCCUGGAUGACAUCACUACCCUGAAUGACAUCAUCACCCAUUGCGUGAACCAACAUGGUUUACUCAGGGAGGCGCAACGCUACAGAACGCUAAGACACAGAAUAUAUUGAAUAGAACAGACAUUCCUCUUUUAAUCAUGGAGAAUGGACAAUUGUGUCAGCUCUAUGAUGUUGCACUUCCACCUGCAACGUUCUGAACAUUUCACCCUUCUGAAUCCUCCCAUGGGAAAUGUAACGAAUAGAGCCAACGUGAUAUUCUACAUAAAAGACAAUCAUGUCAGUUUCUGCACAAUACAUUUCUAUCUGAGCAUGCUGUAACGGCUUCGCCCUUCUGAACAUGCCUCCUGGUGUCACUGUGCAUGUGUCGUCCCAACGCCAUGGUAACACUGUUUUGUUGACCCUUAUGAUAACCCUUGACCCCUGUGCUGUUUGCCCUCACAGAGCAGGAGGCCUCCAGGGGGUACAGCGCCACCACCAGCGACGGGGGAGGGGGGCAGACCAGACGAGCCACCCCAGACAGAGAGGUAGCCAAACCAGAACUUUGAUUUUCCAGACUAACUUUGAGGCCCCGAUAGCCGAGUGAUGAAUGAGACUUGGAAGUAUAGCAUCGCGAGACUAGCUAAACCAGUACAUCCCAGUGUUUCCCAUAGAUGUUUUAUUUCCCAGGCGGGGCACAUUAAAUCUGCAACAUUUUCAAUUGAAAUGAAUUGAAGCCACAUUCUUUUAGGUGUGGUCCAAAGAGCUAGACACCCCGUCUAUUCAAUGCGAGGGGAAACACUGGUACUCCUCAUAUUUAGAUGUAUUAUAUUUUCCUUUAUUUCUAGCAGGCUAUUACACUACUGGCCCAAAGGGGGCAGAAGUACUGAUGGUUUUCUUCUCUACAAUGAUACGAUUUACAUUUGAACAUAAUUGUAUCAUAUCUGGUAACACAUGACUGCUCUCUCCCCUCUCUCUAUAUACCUCCCUCUCUCUAUAUACCUCCCUCUCUCUAUAUACCUCCCUCUCUAUAUACCUCCCUCUCUCUAUAUACCUCCCUCUCUAUAUAUACCUCCCUCUCUCUAUAUACCUCCCUCUCUCUCUCUUUACCUAUCUCUCUCUACCUCUGUCUCUCUACCUCUCUCUCUCUACCUCUCUCCCUCUAUCUCUCUCUCUCUCUCUCUCUCUAUCUCUCUCUCUCUCUCUCUCUCUCUCUCUCUCUCUCUCUCUCUCUCUCUCUCUCUCUCUCUCUCUCUCUCUCUCUCUCAUCUCCAUCUUCAUAGGUCUCCCAUAAGCAGAUGACCCAACUCAUUCUCUUCUCUCUCCUCCAUCAGAAGCAGCCUGCCAGAGCUAUAUAUGACUUUAAGGCACAGACUGCUAAGUGAGUAGAGUGACUGAAUGCAGUGAAAUGGAGGGGAGAUACAGGGACCUUGGCGUGCGCUGCACUGGUUUGGAAGCAUGUAGGCUGGGCAUGCACGACGCUUGAUACAGAGUCCGCUUUUCUUUGAGGGGGCCAAAGUUCCGAUUUGCAACCUUUCAUCUUAGUUAUGGGCAAUAACCUCAUUCGUUAUCUCUAGCCCAUUCCAGUGUCUACAAGUUAAAACUGUGAUUUGCUCCUUUUUUUUGAUCAAAUAUAAAUUGGUUUUCUAGGACUCUUCCUCCCUAUAUUAUUUUACUACGGGCCGUAAACAAUUGCUUUGUUCACAUACUAUAGACACUUGUAUGGUGCAGUGGGUAAUGAAUGCCUUGAAAGGCAUGCAUGGACGAUUGCUUCUGCCAUUGCUCUUCAUACUAAAAUGGUGCUUGGCUAUUCUCUAGACAUCCAGGUUGCCUCCCACAAUGUUCCAAUGUUCCGGCUUGAAACGCCUAGAGUCUGGGCCCGAGACUAGUGCCUGGCUGGUUAACAAUGUCACAUUGAUGAUUCCAAUGACUCAAUGUGUGUACCCUUGGAACACAGUGCUGCCAACACCAGGGUUUUGGGUUUGAUUCCUGCAUGGGCCACGUAUAAUCAAUACAUGUCAUUGGUAGCCGGUUUUCCAGAUACAGUCCUUGACUGAAAAUCAAUUUUCAAUAGAGAUUCUCCAUUGAGCAUGACUUUUAGUUCAGGACUAUGCUUAAUCUGGGAAACCGACCCAUAGAGACAGGUGUUGGGGGUUAAGCAUCGUGUGACUAUUGUUGCAGAGAGCUAACGUUCAAGAAGGGCGACGCGGUCAACAUCAUCAGACAGAUCGACAGCAACUGGUACGAGGGAGAGCACCGCGGGCGACUGGGCAUCUUCCCCAUCUCCUACAUAGAGGUAGAGGACAUUGAGAGUGUGUGGGGUGAAAGGGAUAGGGGGAUACCUAGUCAGUUGUACAACUGAAUGCAUUCAACUGAAACGUCUUCGGCAUUUAAACCAACUGAAUCAGCACCGGAGAGCAGUUGUUGUUGGGGGUUAACUGCCUUCCUCAAGGGCAGAACGGCAGAUUUUUCCACCUUGCCGGCUCGGGGGAUUAGAACCAGCGACCUUUCCGUUACUGGCCCAACGCUCUUAACAGCUAGGCUACCUGCCGCCCACCUGUGUGUGUGUGUGUGUGUGUGUCUCAGAUGAUAAUGAUUAUGGUGUGUGUGUGUGUGUGUGUGUGUGUGUGUGUGUGUGUGUGUGUGUGUGUGUGUUGUCAUCACCCAGCUUUGUGUGCAGUUUAAUUGAUUACUUCUCUGACCUAUGCCUUCCCCCGAUCUGUCCACACACACACACACACACACACACACACACACACACACACACACACACAGAAGAUGCCAUUGCCAGAGAAGCAGCAGCCGAUUAGGCCUCCUCCACCAGCACACGUCAGAGAGAUCGGGGAGGGGGUGGCCCGUUACAACUUCAACGCUGACACUAACGUGGAGCUGUCCCUCCGCAAGGUAAGGAGCGUGUGUGUUUGUGCGCGAGGUUGUGCGUGCGUGUUAGUGUGAUUGUGCAUGAUUCAAUGCGCAUGUCUGUUCACUGAUGUGUCUUCAUUUUCGUGUGUGUUGAUAUGUAUGUGUGUGUGUGCGUGUGUGUGCCUGUCGUGUGUGUUUACAUGUGUGUGUAUAUUCUGCAGGGUGAGCGGGUAGUCUUGCUGAGACAGGUGGACCAGAACUGGUACGAGGGGAAGAUCCCAGACACCACCAAGCAGGGCAUCUUCCCCGUGGCCUACAUAGACAUCGUCAAACGCUCGCCCUCCAAGAGCCCCGCCCCCUCCCACCACCCAGACCCCCACGGCUACCCCGGCAACAGGACACAGGGCUCCACGCCCACCAAGGUAGGGACAGAAGAAGAAGAAUAUUUUAUUAGUCCAUAUACGACUGGAAAUGUGUCUUCUGCUCCGGUAUACAGUACACACACAUACACAUGUUAGGCUGCAGAGGCUGAAGCAGAGGGCAGCCAUAGUGCAGCACCCAAUGAGCAGGUCACUUGUUACAGUAUGUAGUCACCAGUGGAGGCUGGUGAAAGGGAGGACGGCUCAUAGUAAUGGCUGGGACGGGUGUUUUAAUAGGGUUCUGUUCUAGUCAUUACAAUGAGCCCGUCCUCUGUUUUUAAAGUUACUCCAGCCACAUGUUAUCCAGUGCAGGGUGAAGUUGCCCUUAGACACUGAUCUUGGGUCAGUUUUGCAUUUCUCCCACUAAUGUUUAAGGUUAGGAUUGGGGGAGGGGGAGCUGAUCCUAGAUCUGUAACUAGGGGAAGUUUCACCCCACAGCCAUGUUAUACACUUCAAAACACUAUUCAGCCACUAUUGGCUCUUACAAGUGUUGGGACAUGCCUCCGGGGAGGGCCCAAACUGGAGUAAACCAAUAGUGACAGUCUGUCUUGGCAGAUUUGAAUUCUGUAGUUUUUUCCUAAGCGCUGUAAAUGUGUUAGGGGUCCUACUUCCUCUCCUUUAAGAAACCUAAAUCUUUACCAUGCUAUCUCAAGUGGCUGUCGACAUGCUAUGGCUUAAAGAGGAAGUCAUGUCCACCCAGAGUGAUAGCAUUACAAUGCUAACAGGGAUGUUGAGUGUGGAUUACAGUACCUCCUUGUCCAUAGACUGCUUUCAGGGUAAAGAAACAAAUACCUAAAUAUGUUACAUCUCUGUACUAUUCCUUUAAUGGAGAGGCUUCACACAACAGGACCCAGACGCAUGUAGAACAUUUGAGCCUUGUGAAAUAUGUGUGUGUGCUAGAGAAUGAGAAAGAGAGGGUAUUGUUGGGUUUGGAUGGCAGGGAAGCGGGACUAGCAGUGUGGAUGAGUUUGUGUGCAUCUUUCCCUCAGUCCAUCACACCUCUCCAUUCCUGGUGUGUAAGUCUCCGCUUUUCUCCCCCUUCUCUCUCUCUCUCUCUCUCUCCCUCCGGAGCCAUUCGACAGCACUCCCACCCCCCCUUCCCUCCAUCACCACCAUCCCCCUCGCUCCACGCCCCCCUCCCCCCACACCCCUCCUCCUCCCGUGAAGACCCUCCGUCUGCAGGCCGUCACCAGCGAGUGGCUCUCCCUCACCCUCGGCCCCCCCUCCUCCGACACCCCUGUACCAACCACGCCACCCCCCUUCCCCCCAAGCCUCCUCCCUUUCCUGGAAGAUCGGAGGGCCACCCCUCCCGCACCACCCAAACGAGGGCUCACCCCUCCACCACGAAACGCAUCCAGUCGUCUCGCCGCCUCCCACCCGGCUGUCAAGUAGUGGCUGUUUGACUUAGACUCCCCCCCCUCAGCCCCUCCUUUCUCUCCGUCCCCUCCUCCUGACUCCUCCUCUCCCUCCGCCUCCCCCGUGCCCGACUCCUUCCUGGGAUACCUCAAAGAGAAGGGCCUAAGAGACAGUGAACAGAACGAACCAUUGUCCCUAGCAGGCAGAGGGGGGUUCUUCUGCACUGAACCCGAGCCGGCAGACACCCCCGCAGAUUUGUUGCCGUGCUACAGGCCAAGUGCUCAGCCAGUAUCCCUAGAACUAGAAACGGAACCCCCCUCUCUUCAGCAGCAAGUGGAAGAUCCCUAUGAUCAGUUGUUGUCUAUGAUCCUGGAUCAGCCCAUGUGUGACGAAGACGGGGCGGAGGUUCUCAGGCCGGCCGUGGAACCCCCGCACGUGGCACUGACCAACGAAUCACAGAGCAGGGUUAGGCUAGAGGCGGAGUUUCAUAGGCCUGUGACUACGCAGCCCCUGUCAAUCAUGCAGGACAGCCAAUCAAAAAGGGUGAAUAGGCGGACGGCGGGGUCUCAGAGGCCGAUGACAUUGUACAUUGAGGAAGAGGAGGAAGCUAUAGGAGGGGAAGAAGAGGAGGAGGAGAAGGCAGAAGAAGAAAGGAGAAUGGAUGUAGACUGUGGUACUAUAACUGUCCACAGAGAGGGGCUGAACACAGAGGUAGCGCAUGAUGUAUGGACCAGGUUUCAGACUCAGUUGAAGCAUACACACAUGCUUGCUAACACCUAACCUGAGCCAAUUCCAAGCAGUUUUACACAGUUUUAUAAUAAAUUAAGAUUGACUUAUUAUAAUGGAAAAUACAGGAUUAACCAGGGCUUGGAUACAUUUGGAUAUAUGGAGGCUUUUCAGUCAUGAAUUGAAAUGGAAUUGUCCCUAACCCCUGAUGUAUACUAUAGUGUAGUUUCACGUCUUGCCUUUUCUGGCUCAUUAUACUUGAUUAUGCAGAAUAAUGCUUCGAUAAUGAACCUAACUCUUGGAGUGUUGAUUCAGCUCGAGGUUUGACGCUGGGUGUGAUGAUAUUAUGUGACUGAGAAAAAGUUGGUGUCACAUUUUCCUUUCACUUUCCAGGCUGAUGUCUAUCCUUCCCGCUGUCACAGCACUUUGUGCACCCCGGCACAGUUAAAACCCAUCACCCUCCUCUCUCCCCCCGUCUCUCCUCCCUCCUCACCAUCCCCCGCUUUUUACUCUGCCUCACAAUCAGCUGAAUCCCUGGCUAUCUCUUCUUCCUCUUCUACACUGUCCCAUCUUCCUCCCCCUCUCCCAAUCCCCCUCUCCUCCUCGCAACAGAUUGUGCCGCCCUACUCUCCUCCCCCCACCUCUCCCAUCCCUACCUCUCACCCCUCUCCUCCUCCCCCCACUUUCCUCAUCUCUACCUCUCACCUCUUCUCUCCUUCACCCUCCUCUCCCCUUCUCACCUCUUCGCCUCCCACCACCUCACCCGUCCCUACCUCCCACCCAUCCUCUACUCCUCCCCCCACCUCCCCCACCCCUCUCUCUUCCUCCCUUUUGGCCUCACAUCAACCCAUCCCACCGCUGGUCUCCCCUCCUCCUCCCAAUCCCUCUCCUCCGACCUCCCCCAUCCCUGACGCACAACAGGCGCUCCCGUCCUCCCCUCCCCCCUCUUCUCCUCCUCUCCCUUCCUCUCCCUCUCCUCCACUCGUACCCUUUCCAGAGCCUAGGUCUCCUAAGAUCAAGGUAAAAGACACUGCAGGUGCUCGUAUUGCGUUAUAACAACUUAUAAGGAACGAUAGCUCAAAUGAAACCUGACUGACUGUGUGUGGUGUGUGUGUGUGUGUGUGUGUGUGUUGUGCCCUAAUAAUUUUUUAUGAAUCACCUGUUGGACCAUUGAAGUGUGUGUGCGGCUGUGUGAUAACAAUGCGUGAAUUAGCAGCAUGUUGGACGCCUGGUUGCAGAUGCCCAUAUGCACAGUGAAUGCCAGAGUGUUAAUAUGAGAGGUCACCAGUGUGUGUACCCAGACCAGCUUUUAGAUGUAUUGUGUGUAGCCUAUAAGAGGUGGAUAAAUCACCUAUACUGUGUAAAGUGUGGAUGCCUUUGUAUGCAUGGAAAGACAGCCCUUGCAUACAGCAUGAACUGAGUGAUCAAAUUACACUGUAUUCCCUAUAUAAUGCACUAACCUUUAACCUUUGAAGUGUAUUAUAUAGGUAAUAGGGUUUCAUUUGGGAUAAUACCAGUGAUUCUCUGUGGUCAAAAUGGCUGCUCUUGUUCUUUCUGAAAAUGGAGGCUGACUGCCGUCUGUCUUGUUGUUGUGUCGCAUUUCUGGUUCUUUCAGCCUCCUUUUAAGCACGACCUCCAUCGCGGUCGACGGUAAACCCCCCCGUAGCCCCGUCGCGACCCGAAGGUCCUGUCUGUCGCCUGUUAGAGGUCGAAGGGUAGGGGCGUGACACUAGCAGCUGUGCAUUGUGGGGAAUGUAGUCUUUGUUCUCUAAUAAUACCCUGUUGGUUACCCCUGGAUUUCAGUGCAUGAUAUUGUUUGACUACAUUGUAGUGCAUUUGUUUCAUUGUAGGGGAUUGAGCAUUGAGAUUUGGUGUGUUUUUGUUAAGGAGUGGAUUUGGGGGUUUAUUUGAUUCUGUUCUCAUCUGUAAGGGGUAUGGAGCCAAAUGAUAACAGUGUGACUCUCAAAGCAGUGGAUUUAUGUCACCAUAUCAACUGUUUGUGCCACAUUGUACUUAUUUCUCUCUCUCUCUGUCUGUCUGUCUGUCUGUCUGUCUGUCUGUCUGUCUGUCUGUCUGUCUGUCUGUCUGUCUGUCUGUCUGUCUGUCUGUCUGUCUGUCUGUCUGUCUGUCUGUCUGUCUGUCUGUCUGUCUGUCUGUCUGUCUGUCUGUCUGUCUGUCUGUCUGUCUGUCUGUCUGUCUGUGUCUCUGUCUCUGUCUCUGUCUCUGUCUCUGUCUCUGUCUCUGUCUCUGUCUCUGUCUCUGUCUCUGUCUCUGUCUCUGUCUCUGUCUCUGUCUCUCAGAGGAUUGUGCAGGAUUCGCUCCAUGGUGGAGGAGACCCGUAAGUAGAAUCUCAAUCAUCGUCAUCAUUGACACACCAAUAAUAAUCUUAUCAUAGGACUAUAGCUAUGUGGGUUAUAUUUCCAUGGUUGUGGCCCCAUUGGUCGUUCUAGUAAUCAUUAAUAUCAUGGAGUCAGAUAUUAUCGGUAUUAUCCUUCAUCAUAGCCUCCUAAACACUUGUACAAUCAGCAUUAUCAUCAACAUACAUUUUAUUAGACACUCUUAUCCGGAGCAAUUAGGGUUAAGUGCCUUGCUCAAGGGCACAUCGACAGAUUUUUCACCUAGUCAGUUCAGGGAUUCCAACUAGCGACCUUUCGUUUACUGGCCCAAUGCUCUUCACCGCUAGGCUACCUGCCUACAUCAACAUCAACCAUCAAUAAUGAUCUUAUCACAAAGCUAUAGCGGUGUGGGCCACGUUUCUUACACAGCCCUGGUUGUGUCCUCCCAGGUUCCAGGCCCUGUACAACUAUCUGCCCCGUAAUGAGGACGAGCUGGAGCUGAAGGAGGGAGACAUUGUGGACGUCAUGGAGAAAUGUGACGAUGGCUGGUUUGUCGGUAAGCGAGGAGAAUUAAUACUUCAACUUUUCCUCACAGAAUCACAGUACUUGAUUGUUAAAAAGAUAAGCUGCAGAACACCUUGCUGUUAUCUAUCCAGUCAUGACAGAAGAUUGGAAAUAGUUUCAAGGUUAAGGAGGAUCGAAGGGUGCAUUUUUGGAGACCAACGCUCUGGUAGGCUGUAGUAGAGGGUUCUCCAACCCUGUUCCUGGAGAGCUACCAUCCUGUAGGUUUUUGCUCCAACCCCAGUUGUAACUCACCUGAUUCAUCUUAUCAACCAGCUACUUAUUAGAAUCAGGUGUGCUAGAUUAGGGUUGGAGUGAACCUACAGGACAGUAGCUCUCCAGGAACAGGGUUGGAGAGCCCUGCAAUUAGUAGAUUUGCAGCAGUGCAUAACGUAUGGCAUUUAUGUUCAACUCAUACCCCACUCUCACCAGUAGGUGGUGCUCGAGUUCCAUGCCUGUAGAUCUACUGCCUGUGCCCUAAGGAAAACACACUUCAGCCCCAUCCGGAAACAACCCCUAGCCUAUAGGCACUUAGGGCGUACAUCUAAAAGACUUUGAUAAGGAUAAGAAAUGUGGUAAUAGUCCCACCUUACCCUCUGAUAGGCCAGCUGGAAUUUUUGCCACAUUACUUAGAUCUAUGCAAUCCUCUCAGAUUUACAAAUGCCUAGGAGCUAGGGGAAGUGGCUAGGGAGUAGGGGCUAGGGGAAGUGCCUAGGGAGUAGGGCUAGGGGAAGUGCCUAGGGAGUAGGAGCUAGGGGACGUGCCUAUGGAGUAGGGGCUAGGAGGAGUGGCUAGGGAGUAGGGCUAGGGAAGAGUGCCUAGGGAGUAGGUAGGGGCUAGGGGGACGUGCCUAGGGAGUAGGGGCUAGGGGAAGUGCCUAGGGAGUAGGGGCUAGGGAAGUGGCCUUAGGAGUUGGGGCUAGGGGAAGUGGCCUAGGGUGCAGGCUAGGGGGUGCCUAGGGGAAGUAGGGCCUAGGGAAGUGCCUAGGGCAAGGUAGGGGCUAGGGGAAGUGCCUGGGAGUAGGGGCUUAGGGGAAGGUAGGAGGGUGGGGAGUGCCCAGGGAGUAGGGGUAGGGGAAGUGCCUAGGAGAGGGGCUAGGGGAAGUGCUAGGGAGAGGGGCUAGGGAAGUGCCUAGGGAGUAGGGGCUAGGGGAAGUGCCUAGGGAGUAGGGGCUAGGGGAAGUGGCUAGGGAGUCGGGCUUCGGAGUAAGUACCUAGGGAGUAGGGGCUUCGGGAAGUACCUAGGGAGUAGGGGCUUCGGGAAGUACCUAGGGAGUAGGGGCUAGGGGAAGUGUCUAGGGAGUAGGGGCUAGGGAAGUGGCUAGGGAGUAGGGCUUCGGGAAUGUACCUAGGGAGUAGGGCUUCGGGAAGUACCUAGGGAGUAGGGGCUUCGGAAGUAACCUAGGGAGUAGGGGCUAGGGAGUGCCUAGGGAGUAGGGGCUAGGAGAAGUGCCUAGGGAGUAGGGGCUUCGGGAAGUACCUAGGGAGUAGGGGCUUCGGGAAGUACCUAGGGAGUAGGGGCUAGGGGAAGUGCCUAGGGAGUAGGGGCUAGGGGAAGUGCCUAGGGAGUAGGGGCUAGGGGAAGUGCCUAGGGAGUAGGGGCUAGGGGAAGUGUCUAGGAAGUAGGGGCUAGGGGAAGUGCCUAGGGAGUAGGGGCUAGGGGAAGUGCCUAGGGAGUAGGGGCUAGGGGAAGUGCCUAGGGAGUAGGGGCUAGGGGAAGUGCCUAGGGAGUAGGGGCUAGGGGAAGUGCCUAGGGAGUAGGGGCUAGGUGUUUUUUCAGGACUUCCCCUUUCCCACUCUGAAAUGUCUACUUAAUCCAUUUCUACCACUCAGCUGAAUACCAAAAGGCAAUAUUAUCCACUAAAGAUUGGUUGCACUGAGAAUGCAUUUGCCCCCUCACUUCUAGGUCCUUGUAUUUCCUUCCUUCCUCAAAAUCCAGCCAUGUUGCAAUGGGAUUUAGCUGGACGAGACCUUUAACUUCCUGAUCUGGAUGUUGAUUACAUUGCAGUGUUGUAGGAAUGCUGCUAACUAGACAGACACAGCUGAAAAACUAAACUUUGGAUGUUCUUUGGUUUAUUUUAAAGGUGCAGGGAAUCAUUAGUGUUUUUUUGCGAUAUUUGAAUACAUUAUUUAAUACUGAUAGUCCCCUCUGCAUAGAAGAACCACUGAAAUUCUAGAAUCAAUCACUUCUAGUGGGCUAGGUAAACAGACACAUUCCAACACCUCUUUUACAGUCACGUCCUACAAUGACGUUUCAUUGUGUCACCGUGGGUGUCCACGUACAGUGGAAUAAUGGCAUCUCUGUUUUUGUGUUUUUGCAAAGGGACCUCUCGACGGAGCAAGAAGUUUGGAACCUUCCCAGGAAACUAUGUCAAGAAACUAUAA